GAUCGGUGCGCAGCGAUGGCGCGGUCGCGCCGGUCCUGGGCGCAGCUGCUGUUGCUCCUGCUGGCCGGGCCGGCCGCCUGUGCAGCCAGCCCGGCGGACGACGGCGCGGGCCCGGGGGGCCGGGGACCCCGGGGCCGUGCGCGGGGGGACUCGAGCGCCGACGAGGCGGUGCCGCGCCACGACUCCUCCUACGGCACCUUCGCCGGGGAGUUCUACGAUCUGCGCUACCUGUCCGAGGAGGGUUACCCUUUCCCUACUGCUCCUCCUGUGGAUCCAUUUGCCAAAAUCAAAGUGGAUGACUGUGGAAAGACUAAGGGCUGCUUUAGAUACGGCAAGCCGGGCUGUAACGCAGAGACCUGCGACUACUUCCUUAGCUACCGGAUGAUAGGGGCUGAUGUGGAAUUCGAGCUGAGUGCAGACACCGAUGGUUGGGUAGCAGUUGGAUUCUCUUCAGACAAGAAAAUGGGUGGUGACGAUGUCAUGGCCUGCGUCCACGACGACAAUGGCAGGGUCCGCAUACAGCACUUUUAUAACGUAGGCCAGUGGGCAAAGGAGAUUCAGAGAAACCCUGCCAGAGAUGAAGAAGGAGUUUUUGAGAACAAUCGGGUCACCUGCAGAUUUAAACGGCCUGUAAAUGUUCCCAGAGAUGAAACGAUUGUCGAUCUGCAUUUGAGUUGGUAUUACCUGUUUGCUUGGGGUCCAGCCAUUCAGGGCUCUAUCACCCGACAUGAUAUAGACUCACCACCGACUUCAGAGCGCGUUGUCAGUAUUUACAAGUACGAGGACAUUUUUAUGCCAUCGGCUGCCUAUCAGACCUUCUCCUCUCCGUUCUGUCUGCUUCUAAUUGUUGCCUUGACCUUCUACUUAUUGAUGGGAACCCCUUAA